AUACAUAGUAUGUCAAUAAUAACCUAAAAAAAUUACCGACGACAAUGUCUUCUUACAAAGUAAUUAGGACGUUAAAUACUCAAUAUUUACGAAGAAAUAUUAACUAUUUUCAAAGAAAUGAGAUUUUGUUGCCAUGUAUAAUAAAAAUUAAUGCCAGGAAAUACAGUAAUAAAGCACCUUUCCCUAAACCGAAACUUCCAGGAACAGGUAUUGGACCUGUAACAUGGAAAAAUCUUGCAAUCACCUCAGUUUUAGGAGGAAGUUUGUUGGCUUUUAUGUGGUAUAUAAAAAAAGAAAAAGAGGAAGCCCAAAUGAAAGAGAGACAACGAAUGCUUGGUAAAACAGCUAUAGGUGGAAAAUUCGAACUAAUUGACAGCAGUGGAAAACUCAGGAACAGCGAUGAAUUUCUUGGGAAAUGGAUGUUGAUUUAUUUUGGUUUCACACAUUGUCCUGACGUGUGUCCUGAUGAAUUAGAAAAAAUGGCGGGUGUCAUUGAUAUUUUAGAUAAAUCAGACGAUAUGCCACAAAUACAACCUAUAUUUAUAUCAGUGGACCCCAAUAGAGAUACUCCGAAAUUAGUUGGUGAAUACUGUAAAGAAUUUACCCCGCGAUUAUUAGGUUUAACUGGUUCAGAACAACAAGUUGCACAAGCUUGUAAAGCUUACAGGGUUUAUUUCAGUGCUGGUCCAAAAGACACUGAUAGUGAUUAUAUUGUUGACCACACAAUAAUAAUGUAUCUGGUAAAUCCAGAUGGUAAUUUUGUUGAUUAUUACGGUCAAAAUAGGACAGCUUCGGAAAUUUCUACGUCGAUCAGGGUUCACGUCUUAAAAUAUAACCACGGAAAGAAGAGCUGGUUAUAAUAAUAUAUGUUUAAUUGUUCUGUAAAUAGCAUUUAAAUGUUUAUAAAGUUAAUAAAUAAUUAUUAAUAAGUUC